GCGACACACGCUCAACCACCUCAGCCGCCUCAUCAUUUGCGUCAUCAUGAGCCAGAACCACGACACCGCCAGCAGGCGCAAGGCCAGGCGGCACCACCUCUUCCACCCAAAUCUCCACCCCCUCCGAAGAAGAAAAAGGCCCACUUGCCAAGUCCUCCUCAGGUGAUACGUGAUAACUCGCGAAAUAUGUCAUUUAUGCGAAGAGGGUUCUUGGGAGAGGGAGGAUUUGCACGCGUAUAUGAAGUUAUCGAUAACCAAGGUCGUGAGCAUGCUAUCAAGGUAGUCGCAAAAGCAAAUCUGCAGUCUAAGAAAAGCAAAACAAAGCUGUAUGCAGAGAUAAAGCUUCAUCGUGCCCUCCGGCAUCCUAAUAUUGUCGCAUUUGAAGACUGUUUCGAGGACGAAGAACACGUGUACAUGACAUUGGCAUUGUGUCACAACGGGAGCAUGAACGAUCUACUGCGUAGAAGAGGGCGGUAUACGGAGCCCGAAGCACGGUUUUUUGUUCUGCAGUUGAUUGGUGCUUGCCAUUACAUGCAUACAAACCAAGUCAUACACCGGGAUCUGAAACUUGGGAAUCUCUUUUUGGAUUACAACAUGAAUGUCAAGGUUGGAGACUUUGGUUUAGCCGCUCUCAUUGAAACCCCCGGAGAUAGGAAGAAGACAAUCUGCGGCACCCCCAAUUAUAUCGCACCAGAGGUCCUAUUUGACACCGCAAAUGGGCACAGUUUUGAAGUUGAUACAUGGUCCAUUGGAGUGAUAAUAUACACCUUGCUCAUAGGGAAGCCGCCAUUCCAAACCAGUGGGGAUGUGAAAGCGAUAUAUGAUCGCAUCAAGCACAAUAACUAUGAGUUUCCACCUGAGAAACCGAUCAGCAAAGAAUCUGAACAUCUGAUAACCCAAAUCCUUACUCCCGACCCGAAAUCACGACCAACACUUCAUCAAGUUGCAGAUCAUCCUUUCUUCACCAAAGGCUUAUUCCCUUCAUCUAUCCCCACCACCGCCCACAAGAAUGCUCCAACCUUUUCAACUGUGUCAAGAUCACAGAGUAAAGCCAAUUACGCUAUGGUGCGGCGCAACACGUUGUUGGACAUUGAGACCGAGCUCAAUGUGGACGUGGCACCUGAAGUUGAUGCGCAUUCGCGAGCGGGUGAUGCUUCUAUCGCGCAGCAGCAGAAGCAGGAACGUGAAUUCAAUAAAGCUGUUCAGCCCGGCAGUCCCAUAUCGGCACUCCUUAAAUCGGCGAGGGAACCACUGUUGGUAUCUAAAUCGCCGCUACGACCCACUGAGAAUCGAAUGCGCUCGUCCGCCAGUCAACGGAACGGUACAAUCCCAGGGCCAUUAUCGUCACUAUUGGCAGCUUCGACCCGCACUACCCUUCAUGAUCUCCCUCAACAACGCUCUAGUAGUAGCGAAAACCGCCCUUCCGUUUCUCAGAUGACGCGCAAAUUCUCGAACAUGCCGAUGCCGUCUUCGAAGAUACCAGACAUCCCGGAGACUCUAGAGCCCGUAGAGGUUCCGGUGAAGAAAAUUGAGCAUAGCCGUAAGCCGUCGAAGACGCGGUCACCAACCCUCAAUGCGUUGAAGACGCUUCCCACUCUUCAUGAAGAACAGGAUGAAGCCCGGAGGCAGUAUGAUCUGGCAUCGCACAAAGCGCGUAUUGUCUCUCAGAUGGCACCGGGUAACGGCGAGGAGAGACGGAUAGCAAAGGAGCGUGAGCGUGAACCCCGUCCUGUGCCUGCAGUACCUCCUGGGAAGGGUUUAGACGAAGAUGAGACCCAACGCAUUAAGCCGAUACGCGAGAUUCGGAAAAUUGGGAAGUCGAGCACAACUUCAUUGAACGGCGGCAUUAAACUUCACGGUUUUGAGAGUGUUCAUCAAACUUUGACGACGGCAUUCAACGCCAGGGAAAUUGGAAUGGUAUUUCGAGAACCAGACCUUAAUGAAAACCUCGAUGGGUCGAGGGUAUUCAUCCAGUCUUGGGUUGACUAUUGCAACAAAUACGGCAUGGGCUAUGCGUUGACAGACGGUACCGUUGGGGUGCAUUUUAAUGACAGUACUACACUGGUUCUAGCUCCAGACAAGCAACACAUCGAGUUUCUUUCGAGCCGGCAUGGCGGAGUUGCGUUCGUCAAGAAACACUUUAAUAUUGAGACGCACCCGCCUGAACUCAAGGCUAAAGUCUAUCUUCUGAAACAUUUUGAACGCUAUAUGCUGGAUAAGCUCUGCGUGGAGCAUAACUAUACGUGGGAAGACGUUAGCCGCACGUCUGACCUAGUCUUUGUGCACAGGUAUCUUCGCAUGAAACAUGUUAUUGUCUUCAAGCUUAGCCAUGACGUCCUUCAAUUUAACUUCUUUGACCACACGAAGCUUAUUUUCUCCUUGGGCGGGCUCCAUAUCCAGUUUAUUGACAAACAUAACACCCUUACUGCAUAUUCCCUCUCGUCCAUCAUGGAACAAUGCGUAUUUCCGGCCAAAGAUAUCACAGAUGAUAAGCGCCGCAUCCACAGUAAGCUCAUCAGCAAAAUCUCUUACUGCCGCGAGGUUCUUCAGCACAUCCUGUCGCAUGCUCCUGCUAAAGAUGAUAAAGGCAUCAAGCCAGAGGACAGCGUUAUUCCAUGAUGCUCGAGAAAUCUGACCCGGUUUUUAUAUAUCCCGUAUGGCAUUCACUAGACUCCUUGCACUAUUCAUCCUCAUCGCACGCAACCAAACACAUGUAUUAUUUGCUUGUACACUUUGCAAUUAUAGGCCUUAUUCAACA